AUGAGCAAGCUUGCUCUUCACUACCAGUGUCUCUGGAGAGGUAAGAAGAAGAAGCCAAGAGAUGAGACCGAAGACAAAUGCAUAGACAGAGAUGGAGAAAGAUUUGCUUCUGGGGAGAGCAUGAUUGCGACUUGA